CCUGCGCAGCUGCUGGGCCCCGGCUUCCGGGCGGUGUCGGCGCGAUGGGGCUGACGGCCAGUGUAGCUGAGUAGCGGCGGCGUGUGGGCGUGCGGGCCGGGCGGGCCGGCUCCAGGGCUCGGGUCUCGGGGUCUUUGGGAGCCGCCGGAGGGCGCGGAGAGAACCUGGGAUCGCCGUCCGCCGCCACUCUCUGGCAUGUCGGCCGAGGCCUCGGGCCCGGCGGCGGCCGAGGCCCCCCCGUCCCUAGAAGCCCCUAAGCCCUCGGGUCUGGAGCCUGGCUCCGCCGCUUACGCUCUCAAGCCACUGACCCCGAACAGCAAGUACGUGAAGCUGAACGUGGGCGGCUCGCUGCACUACACCACGCUUCGCACCCUCACGGGACAGGACACCAUGCUCAAGGCCAUGUUCAGCGGCCGCGCGGAGGUGCUCACCGACGCGGGAGGUUGGGUGCUGAUUGACCGGAGCGGCCGCCACUUUGGUACAAUCCUCAACUACCUGCGGGAUGGGUCCGUGCCACUGCCUGAGAGUACCAGAGAACUGGGGGAGCUCCUAGGCGAAGCACGCUACUACCUGGUACAGGGCCUGAUUGAGGACUGCCAGCUAGCAUUGCAGCAAAAAAGGGAGAACCUGUCCCCGCUGUGCCUCAUCCCCACGGUGACAUCUCCCCGGGAGGAGCAGCAGCUCCUGGCCAGCACCUCCAAGCCCGUGGUGAAGCUCCUGCACAACCGCAGUAACAACAAGUACUCCUACACCAGCACUUCAGAUGACAACCUCCUUAAGAACAUUGAGCUGUUUGACAAACUGGCCCUGCGCUUCCACGGGCGGCUGCUUUUCCUCAAGGAUGUCCUGGGGGACGAGAUCUGCUGCUGGUCCUUCUACGGGCAGGGCCGCAAAAUCGCCGAGGUGUGCUGCACCUCCAUUGUCUAUGCCACGGAGAAGAAGCAGACCAAGGUGGAAUUCCCAGAGGCCCGGAUCUUUGAGGAGACCUUGAACAUCCUGAUCUACGAGACUCCCCGGGGCCCAGACCCAGCCCUCCUGGAGGCCACAGGGGGUGCAGCCGGAGGUGGUGGGGCAGGCCGAGGGGAGGAUGAGGAGAACCGAGAGCACCGUGUCCGCAGGAUCCAUGUCCGGCGCCACAUCACCCACGACGAGCGUCCUCAUGGCCAACAGAUUGUCUUCAAGGACUGACCUUUGACCUUUCUGUGUUCCUCCUGCCACUGGAACGCAGUUCCUCUCUCUUUCCCUCCCCUUCCCAGACCUUAGCCCCGGCUUUGCUGGCCAAGUCGUGGGUCUUCCUUCUGUCCCUUCGUCGCAUGGUACAGUUCACUGUGGCCCUUUUCCAUUCAUUCCCACCUCACUGCUAACAACACGGUAUGUUCCAGCCCCUUCCAUCAGUCAGAACCCUUCAGAGGGCCUGUUCCCUCAUCCCAUCCUUGUCUUGCUAUCUUCCUCACCAGCUGGUUUAGAAUGAUUUAGAAUUCCCCUUUUCUCUUUCUCUCUCUCUCUCUUUUUUUUUUAGCACAUCGUACAUGCCAAAGUGUCAAGCCAGUCCUUACGGA